AAUUUAUUGUUGCAUUUUAUUUAUACGAUACGAUGGCUAAGUGUUUCUCAUCCCUUCUCUCUUGGUUUCUGAUUUUUUUGUUUGUGCUGCUACACACACAAACGGGGUAUGGUUCAAAUGCAACAUCAAAGUCGGAAGCGAUCAUCAACUUGAGAGUAGGGGUACCCCUGAAAAAUGGUUUCCCCCAAUUUGUGAAUGUAGUUUGGGAUUCUCAUGAAAAGAAGUACAACGUAUCUGGAUAUUGCAUAGACGUUUUCUAUGCCGUUGUAAACAUUUUACCUUUCAAGGUUUCUCUAGAUAUUCAACCUUUUGAGGUUGAAUCACGUGACAAUUCUGGAGCUGGAUCAUACGAUUCACUUCUCCAACAAAUCCCAGCAAAGUACGAUGUUGUGGUAGGGGAUAUAACAAUCCUGGCCAACCGUUCAAACAUGGUAGAUUUCACACUGCCAUAUACAGGAUCUGGAUUUAAAAUGCUAGUAACAGUUCAACAUGGGAGGCAACAAACCAUGUGGAUUUUUGUGAAACCCUUCAGCUGGGAUCUUUGGUUGAGCAUAGUCAUCAUCUCUACCUUCAUAGGGGUCUCCAUACUCGUCAUGGAAAGAAAUGUAAAUGCUCCUACUGAUCAGGAGGGUUUGCCAAAUCGAAAAAAGCUUAGCCCUGCGACAAUCUUAUGGUUUCCAAUUUCACAAGCAAUUCUUCCUGAAAGACAAGUAGUGGCCAAGAACUGCUCGAGAUUUGUGUUAAUGAUAUGGCUUCUAUUGGCGUUCGUGCUCAUGCAAAGUUACACUGCAAACUUGACUUCUAUAUUGACUUUGGAUCAGUUAGGACCCAGUUUUUUUAAUGUAAAUGAUCUAAGAAAAGGUGGUUAUUAUGUUGGAUAUCAAUCUGGGUCUUUCGUUAAAGAUGUGUUGGUUCAGCAAUUUAAGUUUGAUACGUCCAAGCUGAGGCCAUAUAGCAACAGUGCUGAGUAUCAUAAUGCUUUAAAAACUGGAAGCCAACGUGGUGGUGUUGCAGCUAUAUUCGAUGAAGUGCCUUACCUUAAAGUCUUCCUUCAAGAAUACGGAUCCAAUUACAUCAUGGCCGGCUCGAGAUAUAGAAAUGAUGGCUUUGGUUUUGCAUUCCCUUUAAACUCCAAUCUCACCACUCACUUUUCGAGAGCCAUCUUGAAGGUGACUGAGAGUGAGUUAAUGAAUGAAAUUGAGAGAAAAUAUUUUGGGAAGAAGGAUAUUGAAGAAGACUCGUCUGCGGAAAUUUCUUCCGCUGCUCCAAGCCUCAACUUUCAUAGCUUUGCAGGGCUAUUCUUGAUUACAGGGAUUAGUACUUUAUUAGCACUAAUGGUCUCAGAAACUGUUAUUUGGCGAAGGGUCAUUUUGAUGGCUAAAGCAAUCAGCCAGAGGUAUUUGUUCGCCACUCCACCUCCCACCGAAACACGCGUUCAUCCAAUUCAUGAUGAUUCAAUUCGCGGAAUAGAGGCCAUUUAACAAGACCUUCUUUUAACAUCUCAGAGACUCUCGUCUGUAUAUGGCAAAAAUAACAGGAGGAGCAAGCUUAAUUAGGGGUAAUGUCUGAAUUUUAUUUGAAGACAGAAGACUAACAUGCAGGGUUAUGUUACAACCCUUUUCUUGCGCACUUUUUGGACUUCUUUUUAUUUAUUUAUUUAACAUAGAACCCUUGUAUUUUUUUCUUUGAGAUAAUUAUAAUUAAGUUUGGUAGGACUACUCCAAAAGUAACUUGAUAAUGUUCUUUUUUAAAGUAAAUUAUAUACUGAGUUACAAUCAUUUUAAAA